ACAUAUGUCACUGCUGCUGCUACUACUACACUCUUUAUGGCAAGUAGAGCAAAAUGGAAGUAAAGAGAGGAUGACUUUUGCUUCACCAUAAAAGGGAUUUCCUUUUCUGCAACAACCCCUCUCUUUCCUUUUCUUUUCGCACGUUUGUUUCACACUUUCUCUCUCUCCCUCCCAUUGGUAGCAUCACUUUGGGAAAACUCUGGGUCUGAAACCCUCAGCACCACCCCCAACACCAUCCCCAAACUGGUAAUUGAUUGAUCCACACAUACCCACUCGCCAUCGCUGCUCCUUCCUUGUUCCGAGAGCUACCCACCUUUGAUUUCGCUAAUUUGGCUCCAUAAUUGCACAGCUUUCUUGUUUUCCCAGCCUGGAUCUGAACUGGGUCUGUUCUCCCUUUAACUAGGGUUUUGUCAUUUAUAUAUUCUUCUCUAAUUUUGGCAACAUGCCGCCAUUUUAAUCCAAAACCCCUCUCUCCUGUCCUCGCAUCUGCAACACACAAUCCCCAUUAUAGAAAACAAAAAAAGAAGGCGGAAACAUUUCUGGGUCGACUGCUUUUCGUUCUCUCUGGGGUUUUGGAGCUGUUUGGUUGCUUUUGUGGAGAUUCGCAGUGGGUGUGUUCGAUUACAUGUUGGUUCUUUCUGUGCUUGUGUGAAUAUAUUGAAGGGAGAAGAUAGGGUUUAAUGGGUUUGGCGCUGUGAUUGUUUCUGGGUACGUACGUACGGGGCUCAUACAUAAAGCAAAAAUAAGUAUAGAAAAAUGGCGAGAGAGAAGAUUCAGAUCAGGAAGAUUGACAACGCCACGGCGAGACAGGUGACUUUCUCGAAGAGAAGAAGAGGGCUUUUCAAGAAGGCCGAAGAGCUCGCUGUUCUCUGCGAUGCCGACGUUGCCCUCGUCAUCUUUUCUGCCACCGGCAAGCUCUUUGAUUACUCCAGCUCAAGCAUGAAGGAAAUUCUUGAAAGGCAUAAGUUGCACUCAAAGAACCUUGGGAAACUAGACCAACCAUCCCUUGAACUGCAGCUUGUGGAGAACAGCAACUUCUCCAGGUUGAGCAAGGAGGUUGCAGAGAAAAGCCGUCAACUUAGGCAUAUGAGGGGAGAGGAGCUCCAGGGAUUGAAUAUAGAAGAAUUGCAGAAGCUAGAAAGGUCACUUGAAGCUGGACUAAGCCGCGUGAUAGAGAAAAAGGGCGAAUCAAUCAUGAAAGAGAUCUCUGAGCUUCAGAAAAAGGGAACACAAUUGAUGGAAGAGAAUGAGCGAUUAAAGCAGCAAGUGUCCGAUGUAUCACCGAACAACGGGCAAAAGCAGCCGGUUGGAGGUGAUUCUGAGAACAUGUUGUGCGAGGAAGGCCAGUCGUCGGAGUCGGUAUCCAACGUGUGCCAGUCCACUGUUGGCAGUGGCGGCAGUGGCCCUCCACAUGACUACGAUGACAGCUCGGACACAUCUCUCAAGCUGGGGUCAGUCUUUACAUUUGCUUCUCUUACCUUUGAGCUUCCUCUUUUCACAUGUUUACUUCUUGCAGGUUGCCGCCCUAUUCUAGCUAACUGAGAGAGGAGCAUGCUGCCAGCCAUUGGCACAGGAUGGUGUUAAGGAGAAGCUAGCCUGAAGAGGGGGACACCAGCGUUGAUGUUCGUAUAUAGUUCAUAUUGAUAUGUUGUAGUUAAUGUGUGUUCAGUUAAGCUAACCCAGCAUGCAUGCAUGCAUGCAGGCACACUCCGUUGUAAUAAUACUGUUAUCUUAAGUAGUCUGUCGGGAUGUUUAAUUUUAUCAGAUGGACCUUUGCCUA